GAUGGCGGGCGUGGGCCUGAUCCUGCUGGCCAUCUUCCUGGGCCUGUUCCUGCACAAGGCUCUGAACAAGCCGCCUUUCACCCGAGAGCGUCCUCCACUUGUGCCACUGCCUUUGCAGAAGAGGAAUGCUAUAGGGGUCUAUCCUCCUGGCAAUUAUUUGUUCGACACGGUCCCAGACGCCACCAGCUCUUCAAGCAGCGUUACUCUGAAAGGCUUUACAAUGCACCUGGAGGGGGUGAUAGACAGCAAAGUUGUGGAUAGCAGCAUCCCUGGUGAUGAGGAUCUCCCCACACAGGGCAUCUCUGUGCUCCACAUAUCCAGCCAGAGCCAGGUGGCCCAUGGCCCUUCCCAGAAUUCCCUGCACCGGAGCAUCAGUCAGCUCCUUGACACUCAUGACAAGAAGUCGCUGAUGGAUGAUGGGCUGUGGGACACAAUGGUGCAUGGCUAUGACAGCGGCAUGUUUAUGGAAGACGAGGUGUUUGUGGAAACUAUCAAAGGCUUCAGUACAGUGAGGAAGGAGCACACCAUGUUUACAGACACAAACUUGUAGCAGAACUCCAUGUCAAUGUGAAAUUAGACUCAAGUUGUUACUCCACCUCCCCAAAAGAACAUCACAUGUUGGUGCUGUCAAGUCCAGCUUCAGAGCCGGGCAUCGUGUACCCUUGGAAACGACUAUCCCAGCCUCUGAUUCACCAAGCACCUGGAGGUGUACAAAGAAACUCUCAAGGACGUAUCGUGGAACUGGGGGUGAUUUACCAGAUAACUGAGACAGCAAGAGAUUCAUAUGCAAAUAUUUAUUCAUAUGCAAAU